AUGCUUCAUGCUUAUAAUGGCGAUUUUGAAAAGUUCAUUGCAUUGUAUGACCCUGAUUUUUACUAUGAUGAGAGUGAAAUCGACUACGAAUUUAUAACAAGAUUUAUAGUACGAGACAUAAUGUUUCAUUUCGAUUUUGCCAAGAAGAUUUAUGAGCACGAUAUCAUUGUGAAUAAUAAAGAGAGAAUCCUAAGAGCUAUUUCGAGUAGGUUCAUAAUGAGUAAUUAUAUCGUUGAAGAUUUAAGGAGGCCCCAUUGCAUAUGGUUUCCAAAUGUUCCGUCCAGAGAUACUUGUUUGUAG